AAAUCUCGCAGAUUUACCCAUGUGUGCACGCCUUUUCAUAAUAUUGAUUGGUGCUGCAAUAAUAAGUGGACUGAAAAUUUACUUUUACUUUUUCUUUUUCUCAAGAAAACAUGUCUUCUCAUUUUCUUACAGUUAUUUCUCUCUCAAAAGAUGGAACACUAGACAUUAUUUGGCUUAGGAAUUGGCACGAUUGUCUGCACUAUAUGCUUUGUUUACUGGGAUCAAUGAAACUGAAAAAUUACAAAAUAUUGGCAAUUUAGAAGUGAAAUUUUACAUUUUUGGCGAAGAUUUAUUCACUUAUGAUAGGGAAAACGAGAAGCUUGAAAUUGUCAGUUUUAAAGACUGAGAUUUGUGUUGAGUCAUGUUGUUAGCUUUUGUGCUAGUUUGUACCAUAUAAGUUUUAGCAAAAAUGUGUAGAAGCCUCUCUCAAAUAUAUUUACUGGAACGAAAUCGUGAUAUUUUGAAAAUUUAUGAUUGAAGAUUGAGUAACUUUGAUCUUUCAUCAGUGUUUCGAUUAGGUUUUCUGUAAAUCGACCAAAUGCCAAGAUCAAGAGGAACAGAAAUGCAGCAAAGGCAAUCUCCCCGGGCAGUACCACUUCAUUUGAGGACAUCGAGCUCUGAUUCUGAUCCACCACAUCAUCGUUCAGCCGAUAGGAGCACAAGAUUGACAGAUGGUCAAUCCCCAAGAGGUGCUCAUUCUGAUCCGAUGAAACAAAAGAAACUUGGAACCCGCAUUGCAGAUUUGGAAUCUCAGCUUGGCCAAGCACAGGACGAGCUUAAAAGCCUAAAAGACCAAUUAGCCUCGGCUGAGGCUGCGAAGAAAUCCGCUCAAGAACAACUCGAAAAGAAAUCAAAGAGACAGAAAAUGGUCCCCGAGCCAGUGGAAAUCCAAGAAAAACACUCCACCCCAGCUCAAGAACAACUCGAGAAGAAAUCUAAGAAACAGCAAAUGGUCCCUGAGCCUGUUGAAGUCCGAGAAAAACACUCUACACCAACUGAAAAUAUAGCAUCAAACAAAAAGGAAGGCGUUGUUGCUGUUGUAGUAUCUGAGGAAAACCAGCAGGAAACUGAUGUCUUUGAAGUUCCUGUCGAGAAAGUAACUGUUGAAUCUAAGACUGAACUGAGCCUACCUUCUGAUCAAGAUGAACUCAAACCGAAAGCUGUCAGCUUAUCAAUUGAAUCAGCAACCAUGACAAAGCCAGAAAAGCCAUCAUUUGAUGAAGUGGCCUUGAAGAACGAUGAGAUAAGUACAUUAAAGUCUAAACUAGAGGAGAGGGAAAAAGAACUAGAAGUGUUUCGCCAAGAAAAUGAAGGUUUAAAAAUCGAGAUAAAAGAGAAGUUGUUGGAACUUUCCUCGGCUCAAUCCAAGGGAGAGGAAAUGACUUUCAGGUUAAAUCAAGCCGAACAAGAGCUGGAAAAGAGCAAAACCAAUGUUCUUCAGUUAAAUGAGAAGCUAGAAACUACCGAAAGAGUGAAACUUGAAUUAGAAGCUGAAAUGAAGAAGCUUCAUAUUCACACCGAGCAAUGGCGAAAAGCAGCUGAUGCUGCAGCAUCAGUUUUAGCUGGUGGUGUGGAAAUGAAUGGCAAAAGGCUCUCCGAGAGGUGUGGAUCAAUGGACAAACACUAUGGUAAUGUGUUUGAAACUGUUGGCGGAUAUGCCGGUUAUAUGGGUUCACCUGGGCUACUUGAUGACACAGACGAUGUUUUUGGGAGCGGAAAGAGGAAAGGUUCUGGCAUUAGAAUGUUUGGAGAUCUGUGGAAAAAGAAGGGCAAUAAAUAGAAAUCUUAAACCUGUUGUUCAUGUGAUGUUUUGGCUAGGGAAAAAGAUGGUUGCUUACCAUUUAGUAUUUGUUUGUAAUUGUUGUAGUACUUUAAUUAUCUCGACUUCAUUAGUAUUUGAUGCUGAGAACUCGAAGCCAUUCAGAAUAUCAUGUACUUGUUAAUUGUCUCAA